UGGAUGACUUCAUCAACGAUCUCUCUACAUUCAUCGUGUUCUACACUGCUUCCUUUCCGAAUCGACGCUCCCACAUUCAUCAUGGGGUCCACAUCAUCUAAAGCAGCCAAAGCAGCAGGCUCUGCAGCGCGGAAAUACCCAGCUCGCUCUCCCCUUGCCUCUGCGGCAACCAACUCUCCCGCUCCGCCUCCGAAUGCGACUACAAUAAAUGCAGCACCCCAACCUCCACUGCCGUCAACCGCACAAACACCAGGCCCAACAGUACGACCCACACCGAGCGCAAGUGGAUCUAGAAGUGAAGCCAUCAACCUCGACGCGUCCGAUCCCGACUUCGCUCAGUCGCUCCGCAACAUAGGGCCAGUCCAACCGAAUCCCACCCUUUCACCUACAUCAGCAUUCAACCAAAACCCCGCCGCAUAUCAACCCAAUCCUCGAACGAACCCUGCAGUCCUUGUGCUCUCCGCUCGAGCGGAAUUGGCGAACAGGGCCGACGCAGAGAUUGCAGAGACGGGCGUGCGAGGGAGAGAGAACAAGAGGGAGUUCUUGGAUGUGUACACCAUCAGGCAAAUCUUGACGUUUCGAGAGCAGGGCAGAAGUAAUGAGGCGAUUGAGAAGCAUUUGAGUUUGAAGAAGGGUGUUGUAGAGAGGCUGGGGCCAGAGGGUGUGUUUAGUUUGAUACAGGAGAGUGGAAGAGCGAAAAAGGGUGUUCAGAUGGUAUGAGGGGUUGUGAAGAUGCAACUUCGUGAGAGAGCAAUGCUCGUGGGCCUUGACAUUGAACGGAGGGCUCUCAAGUGCAAUAUGUCACGAUAGCCACCAGAAGCUGGCAACCAAGAUUGUCGAGUCCAUGUUCGAGGCGUCUGACUCAACGAGUUCCCGAAGACUCAGCGCAGGAUAGUUUGUGCUGCGGAGUGCUGCGAAGCACAUGGAUGCGACGCUUUCCUGGCACUCAGACGGCCUGCACAAGGAAAAGGCAUUGUCACUGGAGCCUCCAAGUUGGGUACCCAGACCGCGCCCGCAACACGCUGCGUGCCCGAGGUCUCUGCAUCAAGCUGCGUGCACUUCCCACGGCGACCACGCCAUGCCAGCACGAGGAGGGGAUUUUGGACUCGGGAAAGGUUGAGCUAUGCUUCGCUGGCCUGAGAGGACUGGUGAAAUGUACAAUGAGCGGAGUGCAUACCGCUCAAUCAGUCAUGCUACUGUACUGUAGACGACAAAUGUGAAAGAGAAUUGGGCAAUGGAUUGGCACAAAAUUACGAGGAUGGCCCCUGAUUCGCACCAUGGCCUGGAAGGCGUGCUCAGAGACGUGAGAACUAGGGGUUCAGAAACGAACUGUCUGUUCGAGGGCUUAUGAAUGGGCGAAGCUAUCGCGAGCGCAAGAACCGAAGUCAGCCCUGGCUAAU